AUGCCAUUGGAUUAUUCCAAGUGGAAAACGAUCGAAGUAUCAGAUGAUGAGGAUGACACACAUCCGAACAUCGAUACACCUUCGCUGUUUCGAUGGCGACAUCAGGCACGCUUGGAACGAAUGGCUGAGCGUAAACAGGAAAAGGAGAAAUUAAUGGAGGGAAAGUCAAUUGUGGAAAAACGAAUACUGGAAGUACAAGAGAAGUUAAAAAAUAGUGAUUUGGACGACAAAGAAAGAAUCAAGUUGGAACUUGAGAUUGAGGAAGUUAAGAAGCAGGAAGAGGAAUACCAAAGAAAAGAGAAAGAAUUGAAUGAGAAAGAGAAGAACGAACCGUGGAAUGUUGAUACCAUUGGUCAUGAAGCCUUUAGUAAAUCGCGUAUCAAUAAAAUAGUGGAUAAGAAAACCGAACCACCGAAAUUAUCAGAGGAAGAGGAAAGCAAACGCAUGUCUGAUUUUUUCACGAAAAACGACGAGUUGCUGAAAGCAUAUGGUGCAAUUCAUGGCUUGGAAGAAUCCGAGAAGUAUUUAUUAGAGUACCCUCAUUUGGCUUCCGAUUUUACUGCUAGCUGGCUUACCAUUCAAGCGCUAAAUCUUGCGAUGGAAUUCAAGGAUAAAGAGAUGUGCGUUAUGGCAGAACAGUGUAUUAUUAUACAGUACUUGCUUGAAUUAUCGAAAACUCUUCAUGCACUUGCAACCAACACAAAUGUCAUCAAAAAUUUUUUCAAAAAGUUCCGUGCUGCCGACCCUUCCUAUGCGAAGAUGUUUCGACAGGAGGUUGAUGCUUUCUGUGAUAGGCUUCGUAAGAGAGGCAAAGACAAGCGCGAUGCAGCGAUUGCUGAAUAUGAAACAGAGGAGAAGGCAAAACGUAUUGCUGCAUCACCGGGUGGUAUGGAUCCUCAAGAAGUGUAUGAAAGUUUGCCUGAGGACAUGAGAGCCGCUUUUGAUAGUCAAGAAGUGGCACGCCUGCAGGAAGUUGCUGAGAAGAUGGAUCGUGAAGUAUUUACAUAUCAUUUGCAGCGAUGUAUUGAUAGUGGUUUAUGGAUUCCGGACGCAAAUGCAGCUAAGGAGGAAAGUGUCAAAAACAACUGA